AUGGAUUUGUUAAUAUUUGAGCGUAAACCAGGUAUAUCCAAAUAUUACAAGAAACCAGUACUUGAAACAGUUCUCAGAUAUUGUGGAAUAUUACAAGGCGAACAAGUGAUCGUCGAAAAUAUUAGUGAAGCUCGUGAUCUGUAUAAUAAUGCAUUUUUUGGGGAAUUUUUACAACGACGUGCACCACGUGUAUCGGUAGAAUGUUUUGAGGGAGAAAUCAAUAAUGAGAUACAACAGUAUCUUGAAGAGAAGUGUUCACCAAGUCAGAAGAGAGAGGAUGAUGAAGAGAGCGAUGAAGAAGAUCCUAGAAAUAUCUAUUCACGAGUAUAUUUAGGCCAAACAAAAAGGUUUGUUUUUAUAUCAUUUUAA